UCUGGAAAUGAACAGUGCCUCGGACAUCGUAAAAGACACGAUCGUCGUCCUGAGCGAAAAGCGGAACCCAUUAAACGUCGAGAAGACUUUCAGAGAAAUUUUCGCGCAUGCAGAAGAAAUUGCCGAGAAUAUGGGAGCGCAACUAGAUGUGCCUCGUCUAGUCCAACGACAAAUGAGCUGCGAAAAAUUGCCUCCACAGACAGCCGAGUCAUACUUCCGCGCACAUGUAUACAUUCCUCUUGUGGAAUCUGUCGUGGAAGAUCUUAAGCAGCGUUUUCCGGAAGAGGUGCUGGAGGUGUACAGCCUCAACACACUUUUGCCUCGCCAUGUGAAUGAGAAGGGAGCUGAAGCAAAGCUCAGCAUCCUGGCGGCAAAAUACGGCGUGCUCCUCGGAAUGGGGGACGUAGCUUUGCAGACCAUCAUCAGAGCCGAAUUUUCACUGUGGGCGGCGAAAUGGAGACGCGAACAAGAGAAGGGGCCUCUUCCAUCGACAGCUGUGGAGACACUUGAAGAGUCGGAGCCAGAGCUCUAUCCGAACAUCAGGACUCUGCUGCGCGUUCUCGCUACACUGCCCGUUAGUGUUGCGACGGCUGAGCGGUCUUUCUCCACCCUUCGUCGAAUUAAAACUUGGAUUCGAUCGCGGUGCGGCGAAAAGAGACUCAACGGUCUUGCCCUCCUCCACGUCCACCGAGACGUGAACGUCGACCAAGAGAAGGUGGUAGACCGCUACGCGCAGGGAGCACGACGAAGGAAGGCGAUGUUCGUGCUCUGAAGAUGAAGAACAUUUAAUUUGAUAACUUGUGUAAAUAAUUAUGUCUCUAUUUUAUCCUCCCCAAAUGU